UUAAUUGUCUUGAUUGUUUUAGGUAAUGUUUGGGGUCAUACAGAGGUAUGCCUCAUGGUUGCCCGUGGAUGGUACCACUAUUUAGAUGGGCCUUAUUGUCUGGUUGCGUGGCCAGACCGCUGAGCUCCGAUACCAAAAUGUCCGAGGUUGUCACACAAAACAUGACAGAAGAAAAUUUAACUUGCUACACUUGCGUAAACGUGUCAGACAAUUUGACAUGCAAUCAAUAUGCUAUUGACAAACCAUGUGCUCGAGAUCUAGACUACUGUCAGACGUUACACAUAAUGGAUUCAACUGGAUCUAGUGUUAUUGUGAACAAAAAAUGUGCUAACCGAACAGAAUGUCAUCCGUCCACUGUCGGUUGUCUAAGCAUUGACAGACAGACUGUGUGCGUAUCCUGCUGCGAUGACAUGUACUGCAACAUGACCGUGCCCACAAACCAAACGAAUGCAGUGGUAACAGUCACACGGAAACAUCACAUGAAUCCCACCAAAGGGCCGAAAACUAAGUCCGCUGGUGACAUACCAUGCACUCAACUGACGGUUGCAUCAUAUUUAUUAUUGUUUCUUAUGUUAUUGACCACAAUUUUGCAAUGCUAGAUCGUUAUACAUUUAUAUAAAAUAUUAUAUCUUAACCGUUACCUCAAUAAUAAUUAUAUGUAGUUGAGUUUAGAUUUAACUGCGGUAUGGGCUACACACAAACAAUACAAACAAACUUCAAACUUGUGUAGUUAUAUUAAUCAUUUAAACCACACCAAGUUUACACCUGUGUAUAGCCUAUUCACAGUUAAACACCAACAGAUAAUACUCGGUGGAAACAUUACGACCUUAAAUGUAGGUGGGCAGAGCGGAACAGGAUGAUCAAAAAUACAUUAUUUGGAAACUAAAAGUAUAGCAUUUCUUGUUAUCUGGAUAUUAAACUUAAACCGUGAUAAAAACUUUUUAGAAUCUGUACUAAUAGGUAUAAGAAUAAUUAUAAAAAUAAUGGAUAGGUUACGCUGCAUAAUAUAUCAAAGUACGGGUAAAUUGUUUUAUAAGAAAGGUCGACAAGUCCCUUAGGAAUCAUAGUAAUCAAUAGUUUUAACAUAAGUUAAAUUACCAUAUAAAUAUGCAGCACAGAAUAAAUUAAGAUAAGAUAAAUUUCAUAAAGUUUUUAUAAAAAAAAUACUCAUAGAAACCCCAUCCAUAAGGCUUAUUUUUCUUGCUCUGUCCAUACUUAUUCAAUAUUAUGAACAAAAAAAGUUCAUCGUUUUGUUUACUUAUUUGAAAAUGAAAAUGUUUUUAAUCGAACUAAGUUUUAUGUUUUUUUUAACCUUCUUGUUAUAACAUAAAAUAAACGAUACUAUAUAAUUAACUUAUCA